AUGGCAGAAGAGUAUGACCCGCUUGAUCCUCCUACCUACGAUGCGGCCGAUGAAAGCUACGAUCCCGAUGACUACGACAACGCGGAGGAGCCCGGCGAUGUGCCCGAGGAGGAUGCGCGUGAUGAUGAGAGCGAUUAUGACCCGUCGAGUUUCGAUGUAGGCGAUCGUGACCAGCAGGCAGAGACCGCGACGCCUCAAGUAGCGCAAACUCUGGUCAAUCCCGAAACAACUACACAACCUUCAAAAAUCAAGACCAAAGCAGGCUUCAUUGUGGAUGAGAGUGAUGAUGAAAGAGACGAUGAAAAUGGGGCAUCUUCAGCUCAGUUGAAUGAGGCAGCGAGCGGUCGGACAGAUUUGGGUGUCACUUCGUUGGCGGGAGCUCAGGAUAUUUCCUUACAUAGUGCACCACAAGAGACUGUUGCAUCAAGCAAAAGUAUCAACGGGUCCACCACUGUUCCUGUGUCUACAUCUGCUUCUCCUGUCCCUACUCCCUCUCUCCAAUCUUCUGUGCCAACUCAGGGUAAGCCAACAACGCCAUUGCCGCCGACCACACAAACAUUACAACCAACAGCACCGACGUUGAGCACAGCAGCUUCCACAAUUACUGCCCCAGCUCAGGCGCCCACAUCAUUACCUGCCAGACUCCCGCAUGACAAGGUCGGCCAGCUUGAAGAUCGGAUCAAGGAUGAUCCAAAAGGUGAUGCGACUGCUUGGACCAGUCUGAUCGAUCAUUAUCGUGAAAAGGGACAGCAUGACUUUGCACGCAAUGUUUAUGAGCGAUUCUUCAAAGUCUUUCCCUACGCUGUUUCGACGUGGAUCAAAUAUAUUGAGAUGGAGCGCGAGCUUGACGAGACCAACAAUAUUGUUGCUAUUCUCAAUGACUGCCUGACCAAGGUUCCCAAUGUGCAUUUAUGGCAGUUGUACCUUGAUCAUGUGCGCCGCGCCUUACCACUAAUGAAUGACACCGACGGUAGGAACCGCGGACAGAUUGCAGGCGCCUUCGAAGCAACUCUCGAUAAUGUGGGCAUUGACCCGGAUUCUGGAUCAUUGUGGCGCGAAUACAUCGAUUUCCUCAAAGAUGGACCUGGCACUAUUGGUGGCACAUCAUGGCAAGAUCUCCAAAAGGUCGACGUCUUGCGCAAGGCUUAUCAACGAGCCUUCAAAAUCCCACACUCCGAAUUCGUCAAGAUGUGGAAAGAAUACGAGUCAUUCGAAAGGACUGUUGGCCCUCAAAUGGUCCGCAAGCAUAUUGCGGAGCAAAGUCCGCACUACAUGCAGGCUCGAACAGCCAAGACCAGGCUGGAUCAAAUUUGUGAAGGUCUCGAUCGAUCAUCAAUGCCGCGUCUGCCUCCAAUCCAUGGCUGUGCGGGUGAAGAUGAAUUUGGCGACCAAGUGGACAGGUGGAGAGCAUGGGUAGGAUGGGAAAAGAACGAGGAUCCGUUGGUCUUCCGUGGCACGGAAGACGAAGCAUAUCAGAAACGUGUGCUCUACGCGUACCGACAAGCGACAAUGUUCCUCUGUUUCUACCCCGAUAUUUGGUUCGAGGCAGCUACAUGGUGCUUCGCUCAGGGAGGAGAGAAGAUGACAUCCGAAGGCGAGGGCUUUCUGGAUCGAGGUAUCUCGGCGAACCCUGAAUCGGUCCUCUUAGCACUCAUGAAGGCUGAUCGGGUCGAGUCCUCCUUGGAAACUGGGAACACAGAUGAUGUCCUCAUCCGCAACGGAGAAAAGCUGGAUAUUCCAUUCGAAGGUGUGCACACAGCAUUGUACGCACUACGAACGAGAAUGCAGGAUCGGGACAAGCGAUUAAUCGCUCACAUCCAAGAUCAUUUUGCAAGCCUGCCACCCAACGAGGAUGCCAUCCAGGAGCAGGACGAAGAAGACGCAGCCCAUGGGACGAAGCUCACAGGCCACGAAGCAGCAAUGAAGGUGCAAGUGGAGGCUGUGCGCCAUGCAUCUUCUGUCCAAAUGGACAAACUAAAGCGGACCAUCUCAUCAGUAUGGGUGGCGAAGAUGCAAGCCUUCCGCCGAGUCCAAGGCCAGGGAAAACCUUCCAAGAAAGGGGAGGCUGCUUCCAACACUGUCAAGGGUUUCCGCGGUGUGUUUUCUGACUCUAGACCGCGAGGUAUGCUGUCCAGCGAUGUAUACAUCGCUUCAGCUCUAAUGGAAUGGAACUGCUACCGCGAUCCCUCGGCAAUCAAGAUCUUCGAGCGCGGCAUGAAGCUUUUCCCUAGCGACGAGACUUUUGUGCUGGAAUACAUCAAGCAUUUGAUUGCGGGCGGCGAUCUGACCAAUGCACGCGUUGUUUUUGAGUCAACAGUCAAGAAGAUCGCAGAUGCCCCUGACAUGGCUCUUGAGCAGAAGAGACAGAAGAGCAGGCGUCUAUUGGGCUACAUGCAUGAACAUGAAAGCAAGUAUGGUGACCUCGCUCAGAUACACAAGGUUGAGAAGCGCAUGAGGGAGCUCUACCCAGAGGAGCCCGACAUCAGCCAUUUCAGCCAUCGCUACGCUUUACCUGAUUUCGACGCCAUCGACAUCCAACUCAUCAUAAGCCCAACACAAGCGCUCCCUCGUCCAAUGCACCCACAGCCGAUCGUCCAAUCCGCACCACCAAACAACAACAAUGCCGAAGUCUCCACCUCCAUCGAAGCGCCCGAAAUACUCCUCGGUCCGAAUGGACCCUACGUCGCCAGUCCGAAACGGCCGCUCGAGGACUCUGACAACGAGGCUCCUCAGCGCAAAUUCCUACGCGCAGAGUCCCCACUGAAAGGCGCCGCGGGCAUCCGCAUCCAAAACAACAAAGCCAGCGCGCACGCCGCGAGCAACAGCAUCGGCGGCAAUUCCAACUCUGGCUUCGCCACCAAGACGUUCAUCCCUCAAUCAUCGGCUCCAGCACCUCUGCCGCCUCGCAUUGAGGCCUUGUUGCAGAUGCUCCCGAACGCAUCGAGUUACAAUCAAGUCCGCCUAGACCCUGCGAAACUGGUCGCAUUCCUCCCGUCGGUGUACGUGGAUUACAACAAGGCCAUGGCGACGAGACCCUGA